AAAUUUAAAAUUAUAUCCUUUUUUAUUUUUGUCCUCAAAAUAAAAUAUCCAUUUUCGGUCUAAAAAAUGGAGUUCCCACAUUAAGAUUACCCCUGCAUACCCUCCAUCCAACCAUAAAUUUUUUUUUUCUCGCACAUUGUAGAGGUCUCCAAACUUGUGUUAUCCUGCACCAACAGAAAACCAGGAAGUAUUUAUGAGAAAACUGCUUUAACAGCACAUACACAAGGUUAGUUCCUACCUUGGAUUUACUUUUCUCUUCCAAGUUUAGCUAAUAAAGUAAAAGAGUUAGCCUGAUCGCUACAGUCUAAUUGAAUUCCGUAAUCAUGAUUUAGUACAAUCUUUUUUGUGGCUGGAAGAAGUUUUUGGUUUGAGUUUCUGUCAUGGGUACUUUGGUUUCCAUAUCUGAACACAAGGGCAAGGGGUACAUCAUUUUCUUGAACAUUUCAUUUCUCUUGGUAGCAUGUGUUUUCUUGAUGGUAUGUUUUAGGUCUUCAGAAUUUCAUGUUUUAAGCAGCUAUAAUUCCAAUAUUGACAAUAUUCAGCAAGAUUGUAAGGGCCUGGAGAAGAUAGAUGAUUUCAAAGCCAAGUGCUCUAACCUUAAGUUCAAUAACCCAUGUGUUUCUCAAGGCUAUGUUGAUUAUCUCUACCUUUUUUACUGCAAUUUUGGAAGAUUUCCCCUAUUGGGUCAUUGCCUUUUAAUUCUUUGGCUCCUUGUAUUGUUUUUUCUUUUGGGAAACACGGCCUCUGAAUACUUUUGUUAUUCUCUUGAAAGCUUGUCGACCCUGUUAAAAUUGUCUCCUACACUUGCUGGUGUUACUCUCUUGUCUCUUGGCAAUGGUGCCCCGGAUGUGUUUUCCAGCAUAGUCUCCUUCAUGGAUAGUGGAACACGGGAGAUUAGCCUAAAUACAAUUCUGGGGGGUGCUUCUUUUGUAACUUGUGUUGUGGUCGGGACCAUAAGCACUUUAGUGCACCGGAAACGGGUUCAGGUUAACAAACCUGCCUUUUUAAGAGAUGUUUGUUACCUCCUCUUGGUUCUUGCAUCCUUAACUUUGAUAUUGAUUUAUGGGAAAAUCAAUCUUUGGGGAGCAAUAGCGUUUUCUUCAAUGUAUAUUGUUUAUGUUAUCAUUGUUUACAUCAUAUAUGUUUUUUGGAAUUCUGGUGGCAUGGACAACAAGGAUUGGGAUUCAAGUUAUAAAAGUGGUUUGAGCAUACCAAUUUUGAAUGAAAUUGAGAAAGUAGAGAUUGAUUGUUUAGAGGAAGGGAACCUGGAAGAUGAAAAAGGAACAGAAUUCAGGAAAUGUUGCUUUUGUUUAAGUCUACCAACUCCUUGCAGUAUGUUACUUUGGAUCCUUGAAAUGCCCCUUUAUUUACCUAGGAGAUUGACAAUUCCAAUUGUUUGUCAAGAGAGAUGGUCUAAGCCAAUAGCAGUUGUUUCAGUGGCAUUGGCACCAAUUCUCUUGUCUGUACUUUGGGACCUUCAAGAUGACAAUCUCAUCUUUAAUGCAGGCUUGGUGGUCUAUGGCAUUGGUUUCCUGUUUGGAAUCACUUUGGGUGUUCUUGCAUAUUUAAAAACCGAAAAAUCUAGCCCACCAAAGAAAUGCUUGUUUCCUUGGCUAGCUGGAGGGUUCUUGAUGAGUGUGAUUUGGAAUUACAUUAUAGCUCAAGAAUUGGUUGGCUUAUUAAUUUCACUUGGGUACAUCCUUGGAAUAAGUCACUCUAUCCUUGGUCUCACAGUCCUUGCUUGGGGUAACUCACUUGGAGAUCUGGUAACUAACUUGACAAUGGCAUUGAAUGGUGGUCCAGAAGGGGCACAAGUGGCUAUAUCUGGCUGUUACGCUGGCCCCAUCUUCAACACUCUCUUUGGUUUAGGCAUGUCUCUCGUUGGUUCUGCCUGGUAUGGAUACCCUUCACCUGUUCAGAUCCCUAAAGACCCUUAUCUCCUGGAAACACUGGGUUUCCUAAUUGCUGCCUUGCUAUGGGCACUUUUGGUUCUGCCAAUUAAAGACAUGAGGCUUGAUGGGGUCCUGGGAGGAGGCCUUUUUCUGAUCUACUUGACUUCCAUGUCUUUAAGGCUGAUUCAAGUAGUUGGACCCCUCCAACUUCAUACCUUUACCUAGUACUAUUUAUCAUUUGAAAGCUAUAUGUAAUUAUAUUUUUGCACAAUGGAUGCAGCAACCCAGAGAUAAGAAAAGGUGUAGCAGUUGCUGGAUUUGAAUCAAACUAAUUGAUGUCACUUCUUAAAACUAUAUGUAAUUUUUCUUUGUACGAACCAACUGACUUAAAUUCAAAGUUCAGCUUUAUGUAUUUAUAAGAUGUAUAUAUUGCAAUCAAAUUUUCAAUAUGCCUUCAUGUAUAGUAACAACUAAUUUAGUGGUUGUAUUUUCAUUGACUGGUAUGUACACCUAAUUCUAUUUCCAAACAUCAAUGAAAUCUCCAUUCUUUCUAAA